AUAUGGGCAAUGCUUAUGUCUAUUGAUGUGGCACUAUUCAAUCCAACAAACUCUGUCUACUUAUUCUUCUCCCUUUCAUGUCAUGCAUUGUUUAUCAUUUCUAAUGUGUUUGGAGAUAUCUUAAAUGUAUAUGUUUGGCAUUGCAACUGGUUUUUUUUAAUUUUUUUAGUCAAUAUGCAAAACCUGUCUUGCAGAACAGUCACCUACACUUUGCAUAGCCAUGGCAGAUGCAGAGCCAGUUGUGAAUGUCGAAUCAACAACUUCUAUGGUAGAACAGCUUGGGAAGGCAUUUGUUGAAUUCGAAUCUUUCAAGAAUUCCUCUGAGGAGACAGUUCUAUGGGAGGAAAUUGAAGAAUAUUUCCACAAUCUUGAGGAACUAUUUAAGAAGAGAUCUGAUGAGUUAGAAGAAAAGGAGAAGGAAUUUGAGGACAAACAAUCUCAAACUCGCACAUUGCUUGCAGAGAGAGAAGUAGUUGUUGCUGCUAAAGAACAAACUUUGUUGGAUCGAGUGCAGGAGAUAAAAGAUGCUGCUGUUACUGCCAUUACGGAGGCUCGAGAGAAAUUUGAGCCCCCAUCUCUAGAGGCCGUAGAUGCUGAGGACGACACAGAAAACAAGGUAAGCAGCUCAUUCGAUGGUGAUACCAAUGCAUCCCUCCCUGAUUUGGAGGUGAAAUCCCCUCGUAAAUCAGGGCAAAAUGCUGAUGCUGUGGCUGUUGAAGUGAAGCCCCGUCCAGAGCUGACGCAAUUUUGCGAACAGAUGGAUGUAAAAGGGCUUCUGAAUUUUGUUAUGGAGAACCGAAAAAAUUUUGCUGCCGUACGUGAGGAAAUUUCUGUUGCAUUGAGAAGUGCAACUGAACCAGCCCGUUUGGUGCUGGAUUCUUUGGAGGGGUUUUACCCUCCUGAUCAAACUACCCAACAAAGUAACAAGAAGGAUGCAGCCCUCCAGGGCAUGCGCAGAUCAUGUAUAAUGUUGAUGGAAUCAGUGGCCCCCUUGUUGGCGGGGGCCGAGCCUGGUGCUGAUCACCCUCUGAGCCCUGAAAUCAAGCAGCAGGCCAAGGCAAUUGCUGAUGACUGGACGCCUAAGUUGGCUGGUGCGGACAUUGAUGCUGCCAAUGGAAAUUCAUUGGAAGCAGAGGCAUUUCUGCAGAUCCUCGCAACGUUUAGGAUUUCUUCGGAGUUUGAUGAAGAAGAACUUUGCAAGCUUGUUCCUGCUGUUGCUCGUCGCAGGCAGGCACCUGAGCUCUGUCGUUCUCUUGGGCUAACACACAAAAUGCCAGGUGUUGUUGAAUUGCUGGUCAGCAGUGGAAGGCAAAUUGAUGCUGUUCACUUUAUUCAGGCUUUCCAGCUUACUGAGAGCUUCCCUCCAGUGCCCCUGUUAAAGACAUACUUGAGGGACUUGAGGAGAAACUCGCAAGGAAAGGGUGGUUCAGGAGGUGCUGUUGGUCCUCAGAAUGACAUAAAUGCACAGGAGCUUGCUGCACUGAGGGCUGUCAUCAGGUGUGUUGAGGAUUACAAAUUUGAAGCAGAAUAUCCGCUGUAUCCAAUGCAGAAACGAGUGGCUCAACUGGAGAAAUCAAAGGCUGAUAAGAAAAGGAUGGGAGAAAUGGCGAAGCAUCAACAGCCAAAGAGGGCUCGGGCAAAUGGAGGAUACUUUGGUCCUCGAAUGCCUGUUGCUGCUGGGGAUAGGCAGACUCCACUUUUCAAUGAGAGGGGAGCCUACAUGGGAGCAACGGAAAGGUAUCCUCAUGCUGCUCCAACUGCUUAUGAUUAUCAAGUUCCUAGCCAGGGUGCAUACACCCAGCCGCCAAAUGCACAAAGGCCAUACUAUUAUCCCCAAGAUGAUAGGGCUACGGCUAGCACAUAUAGUGCUGCUCCAUCAAAUUAUGCUGCCUAUAUGGGUAAUGGGUUGCAGUCCUCGCAUCAAACAUAUAUGUAAUGCAGAUUCUCAAAUACAUUAGGAAAACCUUUUGGCAUUGGGAUGUACGAGGAAGUCUAAAGCUGUUCCCUUGAGAAGCUUGUGUAACUUUGUGAUUGUAUUGAGGGAUAGAAGCAUAUUCUACUCCUUGUUUGGAUCUUAGGCUGGACACUGGACAUUUGGGCA